GAGAGCCGAGCGAGCGGGCGGGCUGCGGGUGCGGAGCGGGCGAGCGAGCGAGCGAGCGAGCGCGGCCGCCACAAAGCUGGGGCGCCGCGAGGUCUGCGCGCGGCGUAGCUGGCCCGGCGCGGCGACUUCUCUCCAGGCUGGCGGGGCCCGGGCGCCCCGAGGCCGCAGCUUUCCUGCGCGCUCUGAGCGUUCGCAAGUUGCGAGCAAAGUUUGGUGGAGGAAAAGCCAAGCCUGAGUCCUUUCUUCCUCUCGCUCCCCAAAUCCGUGGGCAGCCCGCGGGCGUCAUGCCCGCGCUCCUCCGCAGUCUGGGGCUCUCGUGAAGCCUCGGAGUCUUGGCGCCGGCGAGGACCCCAGAACCACUUUUUCCUUUUUGGAGUUUCCCCGGAGCUUGUCGCUGGCUCCAUCCUGAUCUACGCCGGGCGCAGGGGCAGAACCGAUCGCCGAGGAGCGUUGCCAUUCAAGAGGCUGCAGCAGAAGCCGCGGCAGGACCAUCGGCGGCAGCACCGUGGUCCCUGAGCCCACCGCAGGCUGAAGGCGUUGCUGGCGGUCCAUGCGCACAGGGGAAGUGUGCAGAUGGGAUUAACGUCCACAUGGAGAUAUGGAAGAGGACGGGGCGUUGGCACUGUAACCAUGGUCAGCUGGGGCCGCUGCGUCUGCCUGGUUGUGGUCACCAUGGCAACGUUGUCCCUGGCCCGGCCCUCCAGUUUAGUUAAGGAUACCACGUUAGAGCCGGAAGAGCCGCCAACCAAAUACCAAAUCUCCCAACCGGAAGUUUUCGCGGCCGUGCCCGGGGAGUCGCUAGAGUUGCGCUGCCAGUUGAGAGACGCUGCCAUGAUCAGUUGGACUAAGGAUGGGGUACACUUGGGGCCCGACAAUAGGACAGUGCUUAUUGGGGAGUACUUGCAGAUAAAAGGCGCCACGCCUAGAGACUCCGGCCUCUAUGCUUGUACGGCUGCUAGGACUGUAGACAGUGAGACUGUCUACUUCAUGGUGAAUGUCACAGAUGCCAUCUCCUCCGGAGACGAUGAGGACGACACAGACGGCUUCGAGGAUUUCAUCGGCGAGAACAGUAACAACAAGAGUGCUCUCCCCUUGUUGGCCAGCAGACACCGGAAGGAGUAUUUCUCAGAGUGGAAACGGCCUGGUGAUGCAAACUUACGAGCUCCGUACUGGACCAACACGGAUAAGAUGGAAAAGCGGCUUCACGCCGUGCCGGCGGCCAACACAGUCAAGUUUCGCUGUCCAGCCGGGGGGCACCCGACACCCACGAUGCGGUGGCUGAAAAACGGCAAGGACUUCAAACAGGAGCAUCGCAUUGGAGGUUACAAGGUGCGAAACCAGCACUGGAGCCUCAUCAUGGAAAGCGUGGUCCCGUCCGACAAAGGAAACUACACCUGCGUGGUGGAGAAUGAGUACGGGUCCAUCAACCACACCUACCACCUCGAUGUCGUUGAGCGAUCGCCACACCGGCCCAUCCUCCAAGCCGGACUGCCCGCCAACGCCUCCACCGUGGUCGGAGGAGACGUGGAGUUCGUCUGCAAAGUCUACAGCGAUGCCCAGCCCCACAUCCAGUGGAUCAAACACGUGGAAAAGAACGGCAGUAAAUAUGGGCCCGAUGGGCUGCCCUAUCUCAAGGUUCUGAAGCACUCGGGGAUAAAUAGUUCCAAUGCAGAAGUGCUGGCUCUGUUCAAUGUGACUGAGGCCGACGCUGGGGAGUAUAUAUGUAAGGUCUCCAAUUAUAUAGGGCAGGCCAACCAGUCUGCCUGGCUCACUGUCCUGCCCAAACAGCAAGCGCCCGUCAGAGAAAAGGAGAUCCCGGCCUCCCCAGACUACCUGGAGAUAGCCAUUUACUGCAUAGGGGUCUUCUUAAUCGCCUGCAUGGUGGUGAUCGUCAUCGUGUGCCGGAUGAAGACCACCACCAAGAAGCCGGACUUCAGCAGCCAGCCGGCCGUGCACAAGCUCACCAAGCGCAUCCCCUUGCGGAGACAGGUAACAGUUUCUGCUGAGUCCAGCUCCUCCAUGAACUCCAACACCCCGCUGGUGAGGAUAACCACACGCCUCUCCUCCACCGCAGACACCCCCAUGCUGGCGGGGGUCUCUGAGUACGAGCUCCCGGAGGACCCGAAGUGGGAGUUUCCGAGAGAUAAGCUGACGCUGGGCAAACCCCUGGGGGAAGGUUGCUUCGGGCAAGUGGUCAUGGCUGAGGCAGUGGGAAUCGACAAAGAGAAGCCCAAGGAGGCCAUCACCGUGGCGGUGAAGAUGUUGAAAGAUGAUGCCACGGAGAAGGACCUUUCGGAUCUGGUGUCCGAGAUGGAGAUGAUGAAGAUGAUUGGGAAACACAAAAAUAUCAUAAACCUCCUCGGAGCCUGCACUCAGGACGGGCCACUGUACGUCAUAGUCGAAUAUGCCUCGAAGGGCAACCUCCGCGAGUACCUCCGAGCCCGGAGGCCGCCCGGGAUGGAGUACUCCUAUGACAUCAACCGCGUGCCCGAGGAGCAGAUGACCUUCAAGGAUCUGGUGUCCUGCACCUACCAGCUGGCCAGGGGCAUGGAGUACCUGGCUUCCCAGAAAUGUAUCCAUCGGGAUUUAGCAGCCAGAAACGUUUUGGUCACGGAAAACAACGUGAUGAAGAUAGCAGACUUUGGACUGGCCAGGGACAUCAACAAUAUAGACUAUUACAAAAAGACCACCAACGGGCGACUGCCCGUCAAGUGGAUGGCUCCAGAGGCCCUUUUCGACAGAGUGUACACACACCAGAGCGACGUCUGGUCCUUCGGGGUGUUAAUGUGGGAGAUCUUCACUCUCGGGGGCUCGCCCUACCCAGGGAUUCCCGUGGAGGAACUUUUUAAGCUGCUUAAGGAAGGACACCGGAUGGACAAGCCUGCCAACUGCACCAACGAACUGUACAUGAUGAUGCGGGACUGUUGGCACGCGGUGCCCUCCCAGAGACCGACGUUCAAGCAGCUGGUCGAAGACUUGGAUCGAAUCCUCACUCUCACGACCAACGAGGAAUACUUGGACCUCAGCCAGCCUCUUGAACAGUACUCACCUAGUUACCCUGACACAAGGAGCUCUUGUUCUUCAGGAGACGAUUCCGUCUUCUCUCCGGACCCCAUGCCUUACGAGCCAUGCCUCGCUCAGUUCCCACAUAUAAAUGGCACUGUUAAAACUUGAGCGAGCUUGUCCCCCGCCCGCCCCUCCCCUCCCCCCGUCCCCAAGCGGGCGGCAGCAGGGACCUAGCCACACUAGGGAGCAGGGAGGCCAGUGCGUCCAGGAGCUCCUUGUCCCCGCUUGUAUAUAUGGCUCAGAGGAGUAAAUAAUUGGAAAAGUAAGCGCCACACAUGUAAAGAGUUUAUGUAGAGGGAAAAGUGUCACCUUCAUGAGGAGAAGAGGACUGUCCCUGGGGCGAGGGGCGGCCACGGGCCACCACACACGCCCGUGACCCACUGUGGGUGCUGGCUGUGGACCAGCCGGACUCGAGGCAAACCUGUGCUUUGCCUUCCUUGUGAAUUUUGUAAGAAUUGGAGAAAAAUAUAUGUCGGCACACACUUACAGAGCACAGUUGCAGUAUAUAGGUGCUGGAUGUAUGUAAAUAUAUUCAAAUUAUGUAUAAAUAUAUAUUAUAUAUUUACAAGGAAUUAUUUUUUGUAUUGAUUUUAAAUGGAUGUCCCAAUGCACCUAGAAAAUUGGUCUCUCUCUCCCUUUUUUUUUUUUUUUAAAUAUAGCUAUUUGCUAAAUGCUGUUCUUACACAGAGUUUCUUAAUUUUCACCAGGCAGAGGUGGAGAGUACUUUUGCUUUCAGGGAAAAUGGUAUAACAUUAAUUUAUUAAUGGAUUGGUAAUAUACAAAACAAUUAAUCAUUUAUAGUUUUGUGGGGGGUGUUUUUUUUUUUUUGGUAAUUUAAGUGCAUUUCUAUGCAGGUAGUAUCGGACUAGUUAAUCUGCUGCUCGGACUUAACUAGUUAUCAGAUCCUUUGAAGAGAGAAAUAUUUACGGAAGAUGACUCAUUUGGGGAAACGGAGGCUUUGAAUUGUGCUUAAACUCUGCUGUUACGAUUGUUCUGAAACCACCUCCACGCCCACGUCAAAGGAACUGGCUCACCCGGUGUUCUGUUUCCAUGUGCAGCUCUGUCAUGGGGCCCUUGUGACCUUGAACUGGACUUCCCAAGACAAAUGGGACCGGCGCUCUCUUAAAAAGAUGCCUUAAUCCAUCCCGCCAGGAUGGACCUCAGUUGAGAGGAUCGCGGAAUGUACUCCCCGGCAGCUGGCCUUGCGCCCUGGAGUUGCACAGUAAUCAGAUUAGCCUGUUCCCUCCACUGCGUCUUGAUAAUGGCUUCCAGAUUUAUUGGCGUUGGAGAAGCCUUUUAGCAUCUUCACGACUCAUCAUAGAAAAUUGAAACACUGAGUCCUUCUGCUGAUGGUUCCGGGGAUACGUCCAUCCUUUUAAAGGAUUGCUUCCGCCGGCUGCUGGCAGGACCUCCCCGGCAGACCCUGCCGGACGCCGCCGGUGCCGGACAGAGCAGGGCCGCGCCCGCCCGUUCUGUCCGAAGGGACCGCGUCUCGCUUCCGAAACAUCGCUCACUUUGCUGUACCCGCGCCCCACGAAUGCAGAAUACACUGAUUUUACGUGUCAAUGAAAUUUGGAGAAAGUAUUUAAUAAAACCUGUUAAUUUUUAUACUGACAAUAAAGAUGUUUCUACAGAUAUUAAUGUUAACAACACAAAAUAAAUGUCACGCAGCUUAUUUUUUUAA